AUGCGUAUCGCCAUCGUUGGGUGCCUCCACGGCUCCCUCAGCGAGAUGUACCAAACCCUUCCGCCAGUCGACCUCGUCUUAUGCUGCGGCGACUUCCAGGGAUUCCGCAACGAGGCCGACCUCGACUCAUGCCAUGUCCCGGAAAAGUAUCGCACUCUUGGCUCAUUCCACCACUACUAUGCGGAACCACGUGACAUUCCACUCACAAUUGUCGUGGGCGGGAAUCACGAGGCCAGCAACUACAUGUGCGAGCUGUUCUAUGGCGGCUGGCUCGCGCAUAACAUCUACUACUUGGGUGUCGCGGGGAGUGUGAUUGUCAACGGGCUGCGUAUUGCCGGCGCGAGUGGAAUCUACAACCAGAAUUCGUUUGGACGGGGACACUUUGAACGCGCGCCUCUCAAGGGAGGCAGCCUGCGCUCCGUCUACCACCUCCGGCAGUGGAAUGAGGAGCGCCUCCGUCUUCUCCCACCUGUCGAUAUCUUCCUUUCACACGACUGGCCAGUCGACAUCACAAAGUACGGCGACGGCAAAGCGCUAGUCAGCGCCAUGCCGCGUUUCCGGUCCUCGAUCGAUACAGGUACUUUCGGUGCGCCUCCACUCACGCGCGUCCUAAACGCCAUCCGAGCGCGCUACUGGUUCGCGGCACACAUGCAUGUCAAGUUCCCCGCGGUUAAAGUUCACGCCGCCAAUCCCACCGUCUCGGAACCACACUAUCCUAGUGACCCCACGCCCAAGGAAUGGUUAGAUGCGCACGCCAUCCACCCAAGGGGUUCAAUCAAGCCCGGCCCAACCAACCAGCGAGCCACCCGCUUUCUUGCACUUUCCAAGCCCCUCCCCGGAAAGAAGGAUUGGUGGCAGGAGGUACUCGACAUUCCUGCCCCCUCAGACAAGUCGCCUCCCACUCUCACCUUUGACCGCGCCUGGCUGGCCAUCACCAAGGCGACGCACCCCUUCCCGCGAGCCCACAACCCGCCUAUACUCCCCGACGGUGCGUCUGCACUUCCGCCAUCAACCCUUCCAGCGGACGUCAAUGCACGAAUCGAGGCCGCACUCUCGUCACUGGAUAACUCGGCCGAGGUCUCAAACGUCCAGGUGUUUGUCAAAACUGCGCCGGCCGAGGGUGACGGUAUUCCCGAGGCGCACUAUACCAAUCCCCAAACCACGGCGUUUUGCGCUUUUCUCGGUAUCCAAGACCUCACCAACCCCGCUCCACCGUAA